ACUUGUUCCCGUCUUUAAUGUGCAAUCUGUUUUCUCCAGCGGAGGGCACUCAGUGUAUCACAAACUCAAGCAUUAGCACCAACAAGCUCUGAGCAUCAUCAGUCUCUGGAAAGCCUUCUGAAUUAGACAAGGGCUGCCUCUCAGCACAGCUACAAAACACUUUAAACCUGACCAGCUAAAUGGAUAAACCUAGCCUGCAUAGCUUUUAAACUGGGGUCUCAUACAGCACAGGAGGCCUACUUGCUUCAAGAACUGAAAAUCCAGAGGAUGAAUUGCUUUAUCUGGGAAUGGCAAAAGCCAGCACAAUAAGGAAUGCCAGUUUGUAUGGGGCUACUAGCUCACAUGCGGGAUCAGAAUGGUGUGAAUGACAGCCGCACUGUGUCAUGAAGGUGGUGGUGGUUUCAGCACGAGAGACCAAAUAAGAAGAAAGCUGAGAGAGGGGGGAACCGUUUUUUGGAUGACAAAGGAUGGGUUUCCGUUUAAUUACGCAGCUGAGAGGCAUGCGUGUGGUGCUAGUGCUACUUCCUACACUGCUGCUUGUUAUGCUCACGGGGGCUCAGAGAGCUUGCCCAAAGAACUGCAGAUGUGAUGGCAAAAUUGUAUACUGUGAGUCUCAUGCUUUCGCAGAUAUCCCUGAGAACAUUUCUGGAGGGUCACAAGGCUUAUCAUUAAGGUUCAACAGCAUUCAGAAACUCAAAUCCAAUCAGUUUGCUGGCCUUAACCAGCUUAUAUGGCUUUAUCUUGACCAUAAUUACAUUAGCUCAGUGGAUGAAGAUGCCUUUCAAGGGAUCCGUAGACUGAAAGAAUUAAUUCUAAGCUCCAACAAAAUUACCUAUCUGCACAAUAAAACAUUUCACCCAGUUCCCAAUCUCCGCAAUCUGGAUCUCUCCUACAAUAAACUUCAGACAUUGCAAUCAGAACAAUUUAAAGGUCUUCGGAAACUCAUCAUUUUGCACUUGAGAUCUAACUCAUUAAAGACUGUGCCGAUAAGAGUGUUUCAAGACUGUCGAAAUCUUGACUUUCUGGAUUUGGGUUAUAAUCGUCUUCGAAGCUUGUCCCGAAAUGCUUUUGCUGGCCUCUUGAAGUUGAAGGAGCUCCACUUGGAGCACAAUCAGUUUUCCAAGAUCAAUUUUGCUCAUUUUCCACGUCUCUUCAAUCUCCGCUCAAUUUACUUACAGUGGAACAGGAUUCGUUCCAUUAGCCAAGGCUUGACAUGGACUUGGAGUUCCUUACACAACUUGGAUUUAUCAGGGAAUGACAUCCAAGGAAUUGAGCCGGGCACAUUUAAAUGUCUACCCAAUUUGCAAAAAUUGAAUUUGGAUUCCAACAAGCUUACCAACAUUUCACAGGAAACUGUCAAUGCGUGGAUAUCGUUAAUAUCCAUCACUUUGUCUGGAAAUAUGUGGGAAUGCAGUCGGAGCAUUUGUCCUCUAUUUUAUUGGCUUAAGAAUUUCAAAGGAAAUAAGGAAAGCACCAUGAUAUGUGCAGGACCUAAGCAUAUCCAGGGGGAGAAGGUUAGUGAUGCAGUGGAAACGUAUAAUAUCUGCUCUGAAGUUCAGGUGGUCAACACAGAAAAAUCACACCUGGUACCCCAAACGCCCCAGAAGCCUCUGAUUAUCCCUAAACCUACAUUUUCCAAAUCUGACCCCACCCAGCCCACCCUUGAAACACCAAGCCCUUCCCCAGGGUUUCAGAUUCCUGGCACAGAGCAAGAGUAUGAGCAUGUUUCCUUUCACAAAAUUAUUGCAGGGAGUGUGGCUCUGUUUCUCUCAGUGGCCAUGAUCCUCUUGGUAAUCUAUGUGUCUUGGAAACGCUACCCAGCCAGCAUGAAACAACUUCAGCAACAUUCUCUUAUGAAGAGGCGGCGGAAAAAGACCAGAGAGUCUGAAAGACAAAUGAAUUCCCCUUUACAGGAGUAUUAUGUGGACUACAAGCCUACAAACUCUGAGACCAUGGAUAUAUCCGUUAAUGGAUCUGGGCCCUGCACAUAUACCAUCUCUGGCUCCAGGGAAUGCGAGGUAUGAACCAUGAUCCUCCUAAAAGCAUUUCUGCUGCGGGGAAGGAGAGGUAAAUGUUUGAAGCCCUAGAGGUGUCUCUAAUCACUAGAAAGAUUAAUGACCCUUUUGCUUUUGGGUUUUUGCUCAGUGUGAAAGGUUACUUAAUUAAAUUACAACCACCAGGAAAUUGACUGUUUUCUUUAUUUUUUUUUAAAUGGUUGAAACUUGAAGGAAGUUCAUUCAAGGAUGAGAUUAAGUUGGAAUAAAGCACUAUGUUAAAACAUCUGUUUUUUUUUUUUUUUUAACAGUUUGUAUACAGAGGUUGGACUUAAAAACACACAUACACACAAAACUUUUUCAUUCUAAAAUUAACGUCUGGUUCUUGUUGUUUGACUUCUGUAAUGGAGUAAAGAAGGAGAGACCAGCUUAAUUUAAAAACAAAGUGAUUUUACCAAAAUUCCAGGAGGUAAUGAAGAUUUAAACCAAAGAGCAAUUUACCCAAGGGUUGAUUUUGUUGUAAAUUUUUAGUUAUAAUUAAAGCAUGCAACAGGGAUCUCACAGGGAUAACUUUCCGUGUUAUUUGCCAUUUAGUUAUUAUACCAGCAUAGAGAAUGUCAGAGGCCUACUGUGUAAUUGUAUUAGGCUUUUAAAGAUGUUUUUCUUUCUUCUUUCCUUCCUUCCUGCCUUCCUUUUUUUUUUUUUUUUUUUUUUUUUAAAUUUACUGGACACAGAUCACUUUUCAUAGGUUUUCUUAAGUGCUGGCUAUUUGUAUGUAAUCAGAAUGAAACUUAAGUUCUAUGUUUUGGCUAUGUCCCUGGUAACUAAAAUCAGGUCCUGAUAUUGUGGAUGAUUUAGCAAUAAUAUAAUGACAGGCAUAACAGGGACUGUUUGUCAAUGUUGCUGUCAUCCCCAACAAAAAUCAUGUAUAUUCUUGUGAAACUUAUCCAAAACUAAGUGAUGCAAAUAUUUACAAAUAAAAAGAGAGAGAUUUGA